CGCACUGUUUUCCUCCAUCUCUUUGCCCUUUCUUCUUCCUCUGCAAAAACCCAACUUUUUUUCCUCUUCUUUUUUCCCCUUUUUAUCUUCCCCUUUUCUUCUAAAAACCCUAGCCAGCUUCUCCCAGCAGCACAACAAAAAUCCCCUCUCCUUCCACUUCCCGCCAACAUAUAUUACUUUUACAUCCACCAACUCAUCGAAAGGCAAAAACCCAGAUCUGAGCUCAUGCUAUUCUUCACUGGAUAUGAGGAGAGAGAGACAUACAUAGAAAAAGAACCGUUUGGGGGAAGAGAGAGAGCAUUUUAGGAUAUUGUCCGAGAUCUUCGUGGCCGUUAUGUACAUCUCAUCUGGUUCGUCUGUCGGAUUCUUGGCUCUGUCCAAAUCUCCAACCAAAAUUUAUAAUUAAUCCUUCCCUCUAGCGUUUCUCUUUUAUUCAUUCCUUCUUCUACUAAUUUAACCAAAAAGAAAAAAAAAAGAAUGUGUGAGAGAAGUUAAAAAACAAAAAAAAAAAAACAACUGUGGAAAUUUUGAAGCAGAAAUAUAGUGUUCAACAUGCCAGCCGGGAUUAUGACACCGGCCAGAAACAUGCCGUCGAUGAUUGGAAGGAAUGGGAAUAAUGUUGCUGGAUUUGGCUCAUCUUCUGGACUUGCUCUUUCUCAGCCAAGCAUGAUGGACGGCCAGCUCCUCCCCUUAGACAUGCCUCACAACACCUCCGAGAGCGACCUCGCUCGAAUCCGAGACGACGACUUUGACAGCGCCACCAAAUCCGGCAGCGACAACAACCAUGAACUCGCCUCCGGCGACGACCAAGACCCUCGUCCCAACAAAAAGAAGCGCUACCACCGCCAUACCCAACACCAGAUCCAAGAAAUGGAAGCUUUCUUCAAGGAGUGUCCUCACCCGGAUGACAAACAAAGGAAGGAAUUAAGCAGGGAAUUAGGGUUGGAGCCGUUACAAGUCAAAUUUUGGUUCCAAAACAAACGCACUCAAAUGAAGAAUCAACAUGAGCGGCAUGAGAACACACAACUUCGAACAGAAAAUGAGAAGCUUCGAGCCGAUAACAUGAGAUACAGAGAAGCCCUUAGCAAUGCUUCGUGCCCCAAUUGUGGUGGCCCUACCGCUAUUGGCGAAAUGUCUUUUGAUGAACAUCAUCUCAGGCUUGAAAAUGCCCGUCUUCGUGAGGAGAUCGAUCGAAUUUCAGCAAUAGCUGCAAAAUAUGUGGGGAAGCCGGUGGUGAACUAUCCUCUACUUUCUCCACCAGUUCCCUCUCGGCCACUAGAGUUGGGCAUGGGGAACUUCGGGGGAGACAUCUAUGGCUCCGCGGGAGACCUGAUAAGAUCCAUCAGCGCCCCCACCGAAGCGGAUAAACCGAUGAUCAUCGAGCUGGCGGUUGCAGCCAUGGAAGAGCUGACUAGAAUGGCUCAGAUGGGCGAGCCGUUGUGGAUGACAGCCCUGGAUGGCUCCACCAGUGUGCUGAAUGAAGAUGAGUACUUGAGAACGUUUCCCCGAGGGAUUGGGCCUAAGCCAUCUGGGUUUAAAUGUGAAGCCUCUCGUGAAUCUGCUGUUGUCAUUAUGAACCACAUUAACCUCGUUGAGAUUCUCAUGGACGUGAAUCAAUGGUCGACUUUGUUCUCUGGCAUCGUGUCUAGAGCUAUGACACUUGAAGUGUUGUCAACUGGAGUUGCUGGGAAUUACAAUGGAGCACUGCAAGUGAUAACGUCGGAAUUUCAAGUUCCAUCACCAUUGGUUCCGACCCGGGAAAGCUAUUACGUUAGAUAUUGCAAACAGCAUGCGGACGGGACGUGGGCAGUGGUGGAUGUGUCGUUGGACGAUCUGCGGCCUACUCCGGGGCUUAGAUGCAGAAGAAGGCCUUCCGGAUGUUUAAUCCAAGAAAUGCCAAAUGGCUAUUCAAAGGUCACAUGGGUUGAGCAUGUAGAGGUGGAUGAUAGAGGAGUUCAUAAUCUAUACAAGCAGCUGGUAAGCUCUGGCCAAGCUUUUGGAGCCAAACGUUGGGUUACUACUUUAGACCGCCAAUGUGAACGACUCGCCAGUGCCAUGGCCACCAACAUACCAACCGGUGAUGUCGGAGUGAUAACGAGUCAAGAGGGGAGAAAGAGCAUGUUGAAACUGGCUGAGAGAAUGGUGAUAAGCUUCUGCGCUGGAGUGAGUGCCUCCACAACUCACACAUGGACUACCCUGUCAGGUACCGGUGCAGAUGAUGUUCGCGUCAUGACCCGAAAGAGCAUCGACGACCCCGGAAGGCCUCCUGGUAUAGUCCUCAGCGCUGCAACUUCCUUUUGGCUCCCUGUUCCACCCAAGCGAAUCUUCGAUUUCCUCCGGGAUGAAAACUCUCGCAGCGAGUGGGACAUUCUUUCGAAUGGGGGAGUAGUUCAAGAAAUGGCGCACAUCGCCAACGGCCGCGACACUGGUAACUGUGUUUCACUGCUGCGGGUAAACAGCGCGAAUUCAAGCCAAAGCAACAUGCUAAUUCUACAAGAAAGCUGCACGGACCCAACGGCGUCGUUCGUGAUCUACGCUCCGGUGGACAUAGUGGCAAUGAACGUGGUGCUGAACGGCGGAGAUCCGGAUUACGUGGCACUUCUCCCCUCGGGUUUCGCGAUUCUCCCGGACGGCGGCGGCGGGGAGGGUGGGUCACUGCUGACGGUUGCGUUUCAGAUACUGGUGGACUCGGUGCCGACGGCGAAGCUCUCCCUGGGGUCGGUGGCGACGGUGAACAAUCUAAUUGCGUGUACGGUGGAGAGGAUUAAAGCGUCAUUAUCAUGCGACACUGCGUAGACGCACCAAAAAGGGGAAAUUUUUAAUUUUUAAAUUUAAAUUUAAAUUUUUUGAUGGUUUUAGUUUUAGUUUGAGGAGAUUUUGGCUGAUACGGAGUUUUUGGGGAGAAGUCAAGAGCGCACCCUGCAAAGGAAAAAAAAAAAAAGGAAUUGGAGUUUUAGGGGUUCGGGCAUUGACUUCCUUGAACGCAGUAAAAGCUGAAACAAACCAAACCACCACUGUAGCUAGGAUUUAAUUUAGGAACAAACUGCUAAGAACUGGAGAAUCUUGUAUUUUAUUUGCAUAUUAUUAUAUUUUUUUUAAUCUUCUUUUUUGGGGUUGAGUUAGCUUAGCUCUAGGAUUUCCUCUUUUUUGUGGAUUCAUUUGUAAUGUUUCCCCUUGUGAGUUGUGACUUUUAUGGCAUGUUUUUGAAGCCCUGUUGUUGGGAAUUUAUAUCCAU